UCUCCUCUCCUCUCCUCCUCACCACUCCUCUCUUUUCCUCUACGGCCCUCCCCUGUUGUCAUGGCGACAGGGUAAACAGAUAAUAACAGAGGUCUUUUGAAUCGUGGGAGCGCCACUGAGGGCCGACAGAGAGAGAGGAGAGACCGAGGAGGACAGAGGACAGACAGACGAGGACAGACAGAUAUUUACCGUCAUGGCGGAGAGUGGGGCCAUGGACCGGCUCCUGGUGGCGUUUAAGAAGUUCGCCGUCCACGGAGACACGAAGGCCACGGGGAAGGAGAUGCACGGGAAGAACUGGGCCAAACUCUGCAAGGACUGCAAGAUCAUCGACAGCAAGAAUGUCACCAGCACCGACGUGGACAUCAUCUUCUCCAAAGUCAAACAGAAGACAUCUCGGGUCAUCACCUAUGAUGAGUUCCAGAGAGCUCUGGAGGACUUGGCCCCAAAGAGGUUCAGAGGUCAGAGCAAAGAUGAGGCGCUGCAGUCCAUCUACGGGCUGGUGGAGGGUCGCGAGCCAUCCAACGUGGGCGUGACGAAAGUGGCGAAGGUGGCGGCGCUGGACCGCCUGACUGACACCUCCCGUUACACCGGGUCACACAAGGAGCGAUUCGACGACACCGGCAAGGGCAAAGGUCGCGAGGGCCGCGAGGAGAUCGUGGAGAACACGGGCUACGUGUGUGCGUACAAGAACGCCGGCAUGUACGACCACAAGGCCAAGACGGAGAAGUAAACAGGAAGUACAGCUUCUCCUCAGCACCUAGUCUGGACCCUGAACCUGAGAGUGUGUGUGUGCGUGUGUGUGUGUAAGUACUCUUCAGCUCUGAUUAGACUUUGAUGCAGUUUAUCUGUUCGAUUUGACUUCUAUUGUAAAGAGUUGAGUAAAUUCUGUUGCUGCUAACAUGCUAACAGCUUGUUUGUGUCUUUUUUUCCUCCAUUCCACCAAAGCAGUUCCAAGGCCGGUUCUGAGACGGUACUGGUUCUGCUUCAGUGCUGGUUCAGCUAGCCCGCUAACCUUAGCACGCUAGCUCACCAGUAUCAAUCACAUUGCAGUUAAACAAAUCAUAUAAAUUAAUGAAACACUUUUAGUUGGUCUCUCUAACGGCACCGGCCCCAGUCCGCCCCCAGCCCCUUCUCUGGCCCCGCCCCUUGCCCCGCCCCCGGUCUGAUCAGAGCUGAAGUUUAUUUCUUGUUGGUGGUUUCUGAACUUGUUUAUUCUUCGUCAGUAUGAUAAUUAAUAAUCGUUUCCUCUCUCUCAGUCUGAAGACAUUCUGAUUUUCUUUCUUUCUCAGAGUAAUUUCUUUUUUUUUACUCUGUAAUAUUUCAAUCUUCUACUGUAAGAUAACUAUUCUGAACUGGACUGUAGCUUCACUGGAAGUUAUUUUAUUGAAUGAAUAAAGGUUUAAAAUAAA